AUGCAACAAAAAAAUCAGAAUGGAAAUAGCACAUUAGGUUAUGUCGAAGACAGUACCUCUAGAAAAUCUCGGGACAGUGAAUCAAAGGAAGAAAGUAACGUUCGAAAAAUCGAUAAUAUUAAUGAUGAAGAGGCAAAGGAAGGGAAUAUAUCACAGAGAAUCGAGCACCGUUCGGAUAAUCGGACGAUGAGAUCUAGUAAUAAUUUGACUGAGCAUAAAAGUAAUAGAAAUGAAGAAGAAGAAAACGAUGAAGAAGGAGAAGAUGAUUUUGGCGAUUUUGAGGAAGAGGAAUCGGGCCCUAAUAAAGAUGGUGAUGAUAUAUUUGGCGACUUUCAAGAAAAUGAAUUCAAAAAAUCCGAUGUUUCUGAAAAUGCAAACACUGCCAUCGAAUUAAGCUUUAAAGAGGAUUAUGAUCCUAAGUCUGAGGUAAUAAAGAAUCUUAUGACAAGUAUGAUGGGCCUCGAAAAUGAGGACAAUAGUGUCAAUGAUACUAUUGAACAACAGAAUGCAAUCAAUGAUGAUUAUCAUUCUGAGAUACAGUUAAGUGAAAGAUGUCAAGCAUUGUAUAACCGAUUGACACAGCAGCCAUCGAAUCUACAACAAAUAAAUUGGAAAAAAUCGUUUAUCCGGCGGCAGCUAUUAUUGAAUUUACAGAUACCGAUAAAUUUGGAUGAAAUGGCCCCAAAAAUGUCCGAAAAUGACGUUUAUCCAGAUAUUAAAUUAAAUCCAAAAGAUAGAGAAAGGAUGGAAAUGACUCUUAAACGUCAGAUUGUGCCAUUCAAUGAUCUCAAAAUCACAUCCGAACAAUUGAACAUUGUAUUAAAAAAUACGGAAAGUCAGAUUGAAGAUUUUUAUGGCCUGCUUCAGCCAGUAUCAUAUUAUAAAGCUGUUUGCGAGCAGAAUCCGGAUAGAUUAGAGAGGGAGUGGGAAAAACUAGUGAAGAUUAAAGAGAAACUUUUGGAAAUGGUUUCCUGCUGGGAUAAACGAGUAUCUGAAGUGCAAACCGAUAGUGAUAUUUUUUCUGAGUACGUGGAAAAUCUUGUUGGAAACACGCAGAAACUGAGAAGACAACGACUGGCUGGAAAGUCGAAAUAG